AUGUAUAGCGUAGAAAUAAACAUAGUUGAAAACACGAUUCCGAGAGAUCACAUGGCAAAUACAAAGAUAGAUAGUAAGUUAUAUGAGUGUGUGAAGCAGGACAAUAUUGAGGAAUUUAAAAGCCGCGUCCAGCAACAUUUAGCAGAGAAGCUAGUGACUCCCUGUGGGAACUCAUUACUUCAUGUAGCCAUAAGGUAUAAAAGUAAUAAUAUUACUGCUUACCUGGCUAAAGAGAUCCCUUCUCUAAUCACCAGCCGAAACGACCAGCAUGACACAAUCCUUCAUGUUGCUGCCAGAGAGGGAAGUGUUAGUCAUACAAUUCGAAACCUUGUCAAUUCGAAUGCUUUCUUGCUGAGGAUGACAAAUAGAGAAGGAAACACUCCUUUGCAUGUUGCAGUGAUAAAUGGUAACAAAGAAGUUGCCAAAUUCCUCAUUUCCAGAGAUCGAGAAGUGGCCUAUUACAAAAACAAGACUGGCAGGUCUCCUUUAUAUCUGGCUGUUGAAAAUCGCAAUAUGAACGGGAUUCUUGAUGAUCUCUUGAAUGAGGAAGCUUUGAUCCCUACAGAAAGAGAAGAUGGAGAUUCACUUGGCAUGCUACCACAAGGAAAGUCCCCUGUUCAUGCUGCCGUCGAGAACCGUAUCAUAGGUAUAUUGCAGAAAAUCGAAGAAGCAAAGCCAGAGUUAUUACGUCUCCAUGACAAAGAGUUUGGAAAUCCACUCCAUUAUGCAUCAUCUACAGGCUAUGUGGAAGGAGUUCAAUUCCUAUUACAAAAGUAUCGUGCCGGUGCUGAUGAAACUGACCAAGAGGGCAACUAUCCUAUUCAUCUUGCAUGCAAGGGAGGCUCGGUUGCUUUGUUAGAGGAAUUCCUGAAAGUUAUCCCCUAUCCAAACGAAUUCAUAAAUGAAAAAGGGCAGAACAUUCUUCAUGUAGCGGCCCAAAAUGAACAUGGCUUUUUGAUUAUGUACAUACUCGAACAGGAUAAGAAGAUCGUAGAAACACUGCUAAAUGCGAUGGAUGAGGAUGGAAAUACACCUUUGCAUUUGGCAACACAGCACGGCCGACCCACAUCUGUAUUUCUUCUUGUGCGUGCCAUCCGCUUUCAUCGUCAUAUUGUUAACAAUGACGGUUUGACACCAUAUGAACUUGGUAGAAAACAAUCCAAAAUAGCGGUACAGCAAUAUGAAGGAAGAGAUGAAACGUUUGCUAAGGAGCGACAGCACUCUGAUUCAAAUAACAGGGUGGAAGGGACCGAGGACAAACCAGCUGAUCAAAACAAGCAAGACAAGAAAAAGGCAUCACUAAAAGAUUACGAACUGCUAGAUUUUUAUGGAGCGAUGAUGACAUUAUCGAUCCUAUACUUCCAUGCUUUCCCUUGGAAAAAAUCCUUCCUUGACCAUUUCCCUGGUACUCGACCCAUGCAACCAAGGAAAAUGGAAACAAAAACAAGGAUAGGGAAUCUUCUUGUGGUAGCAGUGCUUGUGGCUGGUGCGACCUUCGCUGGUGCUAUUCAAUUGCCACAAUUAAGGGGUAAUAUUAACUCAAGUGAACAUCAUCAUGAAUUUCACAGCAGUACUAUUACUGCCUCCCAUACUGGUUAUGAGAGGCUUCUGAAUGAUUAUUUAUCUUGGGAUGUUUGGGCUUUAUCUCUCUCUCUGGUGGCAUCUCUAAUCCUUCUUAGGGCAAACUUUACUGAUGCCAAUUUUGAAAUCAUUGCGGUUGGACUUUCAGUCAGCAUGGUUGGUUUGGCUAUUCUCUUCAUGUUCGCGGCAUUCAUUGAUGCUGUGACUAUACCAUCACUAGGAUCCCAUGAUAAGUGGUUAAAAACCACCAUUACAGUGGUGACCUUUGCGGGUUUAUAUGCUCUGGAAUUGAUUGUGAGUCUUCCGUUCGGAGGCUUCCCAAAUCUUCGAGGAAUGCUCUUGCGUUAUUUCUACUACAUAUAUUUUUUUUUUCGUUUCUACACUUACGAGUGGCUGGCUUAUAAAAUUUACAAGAGAAAGCACAAAUAACUAUCCAGGAUGAUCUUCACCAGCAGAGAGGUCAGGAUUUGUUGGGAUUUCCCACCUUAAAAAGGUUCUGGGAUCGCUUGUGUCUGUCGAUUGUAAUAAUUAUUUGAAUUUGAAAUAACUUUCGAGUUUCCAA